UGGGCGGGGCGCGCCUCCCUCGGGACGGACGUAGAGGACGCGCGUCGCCCUGGCCGCGGCUGGCGGGGUUCGGGCGCCAUGGAGCGCUACCCGGGCGCCUUGGACGAGGCUGUGGAUGGGGCCCGGCAGCAGGAGCGGCACUACCAGCUGCUGUCCGCGCUGCAGAGCCUAGUGAAAGAGCUGCCCAGCUCGUUCCAGCAGCGCCUGUCCUACACGACGCUCAGCGACCUGGCCCUGGCGCUCCUGGACGGGACCGUGUUCGAGAUCGUGCAGGGGCUGCUGGAGAUCCAGCACCUCACCGAGAAGAGCCUGUACAACCAGCGCCUGCGGCUGCAGAACGAGCACCGAGUGCUCAGGCAGGCGCUGCGACAGAAGCACCAGGAAGCCCAGCAGGCCUGCCGACCCCACAACUUGCCCGUGCUCCAGGCAGCUCAGCAGCGUGAGCUGGAGGCUGUGGAGCACCGAAUCCGUGAGGAGCAGCGGGCAAUGGACCAGAAGAUUGUCCUAGAGCUGGACCGGAAGGUAGCAGACCAGCAGAGCACACUGGAGAAGGCAGGGGUUGCUGGCUUCUAUGUGACCACCAACCCACAGGAGCUGACACUGCAGAUGAACCUGUUGGAACUCAUCAGGAAGCUGCAACAGAGGGGCUGCCAGGCGGGCAAGACAGCCUUGUGAUCAGCUGGGGUCUCUGCCAGUUACCCGCUGCCCGUCACACCUGAGAGACACCUCUGUCUCUCUGUCACCGCAAGCAGCAGGAAGCUGAGUGGAACUUGUCCUCCUGACACCUGGCCACCACCUUCCCAGCUGCCUGCAGGAGAGGUCGACCCUCUGCGGAGAGGCCAAGUGGACCCUGGCGGUCAGUACCUGCCACCCACCUUUGUCUGAAGCUAGGAUGGUGGUAAAGGGAAGAGCGGGUCUGCUCUGCUGGCUGUCCGCCUCAGACCUCAGGGGACAGUGGAGUUGGAGGUCCUAGCACCUUCUCACUCCACUGGGCACAUCCUCACCUCUGCCAUGCCCCAGAUUUCAUGCUUGUUCUGGUGUCAGCCCCUCCCUUGGCAGGUGCAGCCCCCUAAAUAAGUGGGAGACAGUCCAAGGCCCAAGGCCUGUGUGGCCCAGAGAAAUAAAGGUACCUCAGUGUAGCCUGCA